ACAAGAUGAUGUUAUCCUUUUGAAAUAUGCAUGAGGGUGCGAGACUAUAUAGAUUUGGAUUUGCACACCAAGCAAGGCAAGAAUCUAUAGAGCCACAAUGAGAGCAAAGCCAGAAAUGCCCAAACCUUACCUCUUUUUCCUUCAAAUCAUCUCGUUUUACUUUAUCCUCCUAUCACAUGUUGCCACUUCACUAGCUCUGAACCCGAUCCCAAUCACAGUUUCAGUCACGGCCUUCGGAGCCGUAGGCAAUGGUCGCCGGUACGACACGCGAGCAAUCCAAUCGGCGAUCGACUCCUGUCCCGUCGGCUGUCCCUGCAAGGUCAACUUCCCGGCGCCGGGGAAGUACCUGACGGCGACGGUGUAUCUGAAAUCGGGAGUGGUGCUGAACGUGGAGGCCGGAGCGAGGAUCCUGGCAGGAACGAGGCAGAGGGACUAUCCUCGGGACCCGUCGCGAUGGUACGCCGUGGUGGCGGAGAACGCGACGGAGGUGGGGAUCGGCGGCGGGGGAGUGGUAGACGGACAGGCGAUGAAGUACGUGGUGAGGAAGAAUGUGAGGAAGAACGUAAUGGUGAGUUGGAAUGACACGGGGGCUUGCUUAGGGGAUGAGUGUAGGCCCAGGCUUAUUGGGUUUUUGGGCUGCACCAAUGUUCGAGUCUCCAAUAUUACUCUCUAUGAGCCUGCUUACUGGUGUUUACACUUGGUACGAAGCAACAAGAUAACAGUUGAGGAUGUUUCAAUUUAUGGAGACUUCAAUAUACCAAACAAUGAUGGGAUUGACAUUGAGGACUCAAACAACACAGUAAUCAACAGAUGCCACAUUGACACUGGGGACGAUGCAAUCUGCCCAAAAUCAUCCACUGGUGCUGUCUUCAACCUCACUGCCACUAACUGUUGGAUUCGAACAAAGUCUUGUGCCAUCAAGCUUGGCAGUGCCAGUGUGUUCGAUUUCAAACACUUUGUCUUCGAUAAUAUCACCAUUGUGGAUUCUCAUAGAGGCUUGGGAUUUCAGAUCCGUGAUGGAGGAAAUGUAAGCGACAUUGUAUUCUCAAACAUAAAAAUCAGCACAAGAUACUACGACCCAUUAUGGUGGGGAAGAGCUGAACCAAUAUACGUCACGACGUGCCCAAGAAACUCAACCUCAAAGGAGGGUUCAAUUUCAAACAUACUUUUCGCUAACAUCACAGCAAAUUCAGAAAAUGGUGUCUUCCUCUCUGGUUCAAAAAGAGGGCUUUUAAGAAACCUGAGAUUCGUCAACGUGAAUCUCACUUACAGAAGGAUUACCAAUUAUCCUGGUGAUUUAUAUGACUAUAGGCCUGGAUGCCAUGAAUUGGUCAAACACAAAACUGCUGGAAUAAUGAUGGAGCACAUUGAAGGUCUUGAGAUUAAAAAUGCAAAAAUGAGAUGGUCAAAAGCUCAUUUGAAGGAGUGGAAUAAUCCUCUGGAAUUCAGGCCUUCUACUGUGAAUAACAUCUCUUUUCUUGGUUUUGAUUCUAGUCUAGCAUACAAGUAGCGCAUGAAGUUUUUUGUCUUUUCAAUAACAAGACGAGGCAUUUGCAACAUUCCCUGUGCACUGGCUCACUUCAAGGUCCAUCUUCAUAUGAGGGGUUCCUGAAGGAUUGCCGGACAAACUUCUCCGCUGACAGAUGUCCACCUGAAAAAUCAGAUGGGAAGUUAAAGAAAAUAAGCUUGAGACAGAUCAAGAAUUUUUGCAAGUUGUAACAAUAAAAAUAAUUUCAAUUCCUCGUUGACUUUCGUGAUAUUCUUAAAAAACGGUGCAGAUUUUACAGUCUGAGAACUUGAUGGUCAAUGCGACUUCUGUGCUGACAGUUACACCUCUCAGUUCGAAGGAUUCAUCGACUAAUCUCCAUUCAACAGAAACCUUUGAACAUAUUAGAAACUUA